GAUUUCUUCUGGGUUUAGAUGCUUAAAGAAAGACAGAAUCAUUAUUGAUCAAUAGUUUCCUUUCAUUCAUGGGCCCCAAAUGUCCGUAAAAUAAACCCACUCUGAUGUGUUCAAAUAUGAUUACUGUUGUUGAUCCCGUUUUAGUUCAGUUUCUUUUGUCAGCUUGAGUCUAAAACCAAACACCACGUUUAGACAAUCCAAGUAGUGAUGACGACGCUCGCUGAAGACAAAAACAACACGUUUGUCCCUGAGAGUAUUUAUUUGGUGGAUGAUUGAGGCUGAGGUGACUAAAGCGUUCAUUAUUAAGUGAUUUUUAUUUUGUUUUGGAUUCUGAGGUUUCUUCCAUCAAUUGUAAUGGCCUUGAUGUAGGUAUGAGAAUGAAAAAUGCCUUUUUGAAUAAAGAGGUUGAAGUAAUCUUUGUGUUAUUUGUUGGUGAAAAUAAAUGCCCUAAUAUUUUAUUUAUUAAGCUCUUGAUUUCACCAUUUUAUUAAUUCAUUAAAUUAAUAUUUCCUACAUUCCUAAGAGUUAUGGUUAUCAAAUACACCCCCCUCUCCCCUGUUUUUUUAGAAAUAAAACAUUUUUGCAUUUUGAUAUAAUCCUUUUUUUUGUAUUUCCUAUUGUUAUUACAAUAAACAUUUGACCUUGGCUGCCUUUAAGUUAGUCAAGUUAAAGCUUUGCUGUUAGCUGUAAUCGUCAUUGUGAAUGCCUCUUGCAUGCUUAAACCUAUGAAAGACUAAUAAUUACUGGCCUUGUCAUUGCUGACACCCCCACCUGGGAUUUGGGGACUAGGUGGAGUAACCAGAACCUCCUGCAUGCCAGGAGGUUCUACCAAAGGGUUAUUGGCACCCCUGAAGAACAUCAGUGAGAUAUAUAUAUAUUUAAAUGUGUUCAUGAAUCAAAAUUUCAUGCAACUGAAAGUGUUCAAGUUUAUCCCACACAAUGGACCAUAGGUAUGAAUGUGAAUGGUCAUUUAUAUGAGGCCCUGUGAUGGACUGGUGAACUGUCCAGGAUCUUUACCCAGCCCUUGCCCAUCGACACCCUUUCCCACUUCCCCGACAACCCACCUGUGAUUUCGCAAAGAAAAAAAAGGAGAGUUAGCAGCUGGUACAAAGCCCCAGUUUAUUAAAAUUGACCAAAAACAAAGCAAAACAUUUCAGACAGGUGGACAGUUUUAACAUUUAACAGUUGGGAAAAUCUCCACUUUUGGAGCUGGUGGGUUUUGUGUAUAGAAGACUAGUUUGAAAAAGUGUACCAGUGUUUGCCAUCGGACUGACAGAAAGUUGCAUGAACCAGAAGACUACAGUACCUCAUACCUCAACUAUGAACCACCAGUUCCUGAACAAAACUUUUAGGUUAAGCAGAGUAUUUUGGACAUAAUGCAACAGGUCACCAAAUUUGAUUGUUGGAUUUCCUGUUGACCAUAGUGACGUAGACAGACGUUAUGUUAAUGAACUUUUGGCUACAUCCCUGAAGGGGAUACUGAUUUCUGUAUGGUGUUUGAUAGCAGUUUGAAUCUACUGUGUGGCAGUACGUACUGCUUCAUAUCCUCGUCUCAUUCCUCUGUCUUUAUGGAUUGGCAAAUUUCUAAACUGGUGGUUUCUUCUAAGCUUUAAAGACAAAUGCUUUUGGGUGUCUGCAGGCCUCUGUAUGUUGCCAUGUUCAUCUCUUUAGGAACCUGUGUAUUUGGGGAAAAUAACGCAUUUAGCUCCUUAUGGCGUCUUUCUUAAUACAGACUGUCAUGAAAAUAAAAAAAGCAUUAUUUUAAAUUACAAUCAGGUUUGUGGAGUCAAAAUGUGUACAUGUAUUUUUAAUAGCGUUAGCUGAUAUUUACGUCAUCAAUAAGUGCCAUUCCGCGUCGGUCAGGAGUCGUUACGUUUUAAACGUGAGACGAUGUUUACGGAAGAGGCUAAAUUAACACUUUAUAUCGACAAUUAUUAACGUUUACGGAAUGGUUUGUUAUUUACAUGGGUGAACGUCGCAAUUAAUAAUUUUGAAUUUCUCCUUCAGUAUGCUCUCCGGGUCAUUCUACGCGUUAAUAGCUGGGUUUUUAAGCGCUGUUGCGUCGUUGUCUGCCAAACUGUCCCUCGGUGCAGACUAUCUGAGGGACAUGUGUGAGGCAGCGAUGGUCAGCUGGACUGACACUCGGGGUGAAGCUGAAAGGUGUGAGUGGCUCCAUGUUCCCCUGCGGCUGCUCUGUGGAGUCUUGCUGUUCGUAUGCAAUGCUGUCAUGUGGACCUUUUUCUCCAAGGCUCUCCGGCACUGCUCCUCCUCAGCCAGAGCUACGGUCACUACCACAGCAUCCAACUUUGUCUCCUCAGCUGUCCUGGGGAGGCUAAUUUUUGGAGAAACUCAUGCAUCUCUAUGGUGGCUGGGAAUCUGUCUCACUCUUUGUGGACUGCUGGUACUCCAUGGAGCCACAACUCAGUGCAUCACCCAGGAAGAGGACAAAAAGGAAGCAUGACCUGAGAGCAGCUGUGGUCUUAUGAUUCUGGACUGGAUGUCCCCAGGAGAAACACUUAAAGUGACGUCCAUUGCAGAGUGGCCUUCUAUUGUGGCAACCCUAAGGCACAUCUGUGCAGUAAUCAUGCUGUCUAAUCAGCAUCUUGAUAUGCCACACCUGUGAAGUGGAUCGAUUAGCUCGGCAAAGGAGAAGUGCUCACUAACAGAUUGAAGUUCCUGAAGUUGUUUGUAUUUGCGUAAGUUACACAUACAUUAAUAUUACUACAAUUAUAAUAAUUAUAGUAAUAUUAUAGUUCAAUAAAUCACUGGCAAUGUCAUAUUGUUGAUGGAAAUAUAUCUUGAGACUGGCUUGUUUUCCUUUCUAUGUUCUAACACCCAGUAAAACACAAAUCAAUGUCUCUUAAACAUAAUAAUAAAAUGUCAAUAUUAAUGUGUUCUACCCCUGAACUAAAGUAAUCAUUUUGGUUAUUCUUACAAUCACAGUAGAAGCCACCAGAAAUGUAACAUAGAAAAAAAAUCUUUUAUUUUUUAAUUUAACAAGCCUACAGGCAUAUAAAAGUGGUUUUAAAAACAGAAGAACUGAUAAAACAUGAAAUUCCUGACACAUUUAAUACCGUUAUAACAUGUAUGGGCCCUUGACUUGCAAUCAAUAACCAGUUCUCUCACACCCACACAUUCAUCCCUUCACAGGAAGGUAAUGACAACUGUUGUCCACAAGAGGGACAGCUGGAGAAACGGUCUCGUCACAGACAGAAAGGUAAGUUACUGUAUAUUAAGGCACAAGGUGAAUUCAAAUACUCAGUAGUGUUACUGCGUUGGAGCUGUCCUGAGAUAAUACAUGUUGUCAUAAUAUAUACUACACUACUGACUUCAUAGAAUCAAAGUGGAAGCAUUUCAGUUGUGCUCACCUAAUAAUAAUACAACGGACAAUUUACAUAGGAACACUAGUAAAAGAUGAGAGACUGUUAAGAAGUGACCAAGUGGCAUGUGUGGUUUUUCUUUUGUCAUAAUAUCACAGUCUGACUCCACACAUGCAUUUCUAAAAUAGUGUCUUCUCUUCUGCAGAUUGACCUCCUGGAGAUUCCUGGGA